AGAUGGCGGCGGCAGAAAGACUGAGCUGGAUCAAAAACCGAGAGUCGAGCGCUGAGUGACGCCGCAGGAGGAGUUACGGAUGUUGAACCCGAGGGGAUUUUCUGUGUCACUGAUGGAGCUGCUGGCCCGUUACAGGAAGUGGAGCAGACGAGCAUGGAGACGCUGCUGUUUCUAUUUCCUCAAUUUAACUACAUGGCCCCAAAGGAGGAAGCAUAUUUCAGAAUGUUUGCUGUAGAGGACUUGCAGUCACGAGCGAUGAAGGACGACAGCAGCAGACAGAAAGACAAAGAGAGGAAGAGCCGACUAAGCCUUUUUCUCACCAAGUCGGGCUCCCAUGAAAACGUCAGUCCCCAUAAAAAGACAAACGCGACAACGAGCAACAUCUCACCAGAGGCAGCCUUGCAGUGGAGCGACUCCUUUGAAGAGCUGCUGAAGCACACAGAUGGGGUGGAAACCUUCUCUCAGUUCCUCCGGACGGAAUUCAGCGAGGAAAACAUUGAGUUCUGGUUGGCCUGCGAAGAGUACAAGACCAUCGAUUCAGAAACCAAGCUGCUGUCCAAAGCCAAAUAUAUUUACACUGUUUAUAUUGAAUCGGAGGCUCCUAAAGAGGUCAACAUCGACUACAACACAAAGAUGGCCGUCCAGAAAAACAUGGAGCACCCAACGCGGGGCUGCUUCGACGCAGCCCAGACGAAAGUCUUCAGCCUGAUGAAAAAGGACUCCUACCCAAGGUUCCUGCACUCUGACAUUUACAUGCGCAUCACUCGGAGGAAGGGCCCCGGAGCCACCAUGUUCCGCAGAAGGUCACGCUCCUGCGUGUUCAACGAGCGCGGGGAAGCCAAGACCGAGCCCUCAGCUUGGUAAUCGCAAACGUUGCGUUGCUGCAUGGAAUGGAUUCGCCAUCAUCCGGGGGACCGUCUCUGAUUUGCAACGCGACUGACACGAUGCGGUGUCUCAGUUUAGGCCCAACAGGUUCUGAUAUGUAGAGUGCAAUAUUUUUGUGUAACCACAGAUUUCACAAUGGAUGACUUAUCAGACACAGCACCACAGUGAAUUGACAUUAACAGUAAUUUAAAUGUACGAUUUGGGAAAUAUUUCCUUCCAUUAGUUUUUGUAAGAUUUCUAUCCCGGUUUCUGUUUGUUAAAUUUUACCCUGUGGUUCUCUUGUUUUACCUUACAAACUGCUAACAGGGAAGGACAGAAACUAUUACUAUUUUAAUUUACCUAGCUUCAUUUUCCUGACGGUUUAUGUUUUGUUUUUAUUUGCCUCGGACGUUAGAGCCUGGAUCUGUAUUAAUAAUCAUCUCUGAACCUUACUGGGUUCCAGUCACAGUUUAUAAAAACCACUAUGGUUUGCUUCUGUUGUGCUGCAUGACCAGGCUAAAAACUAUUAGCCUCCCAAGCUAAUAAUGAUGGUAUUCCUCUGAGGUUUACCCAUCCAAACACCGUAGCAACCAGAGCUUGUACAAUGUUAUCAUUCGUCCAUUCAUCCAUCCAUCCAUUUUCUAUACACCCUUCUUCCCUAAUGGGGUCAGGAGGGUUGCUGGUUCCAAUCUCCAGCUGCGUCCCGGGCGAGAGGCGGGGUCACCCUGGACAGGUCGCCAGUCUGUCGCAGGGCAACACAGAGACAUACAAGACAAACAACCAUUCACACACACACCUAGGGAGAAUUUAGAGAGACCAAUUAACCUGACAGUCAUGUUUUUGGACUGUGGGAGGAAGCCGGAGAACCCGGAGAGAACCCACCAUGCACAGGGAGAACAUGCAAACUCCAUGCAGAAAGAUCCCGGCCGGGAAUCGAACCCAGGACCUUCUUGCUGCAAGGCAACAGCUCUACCAACUGCGCCACUGUGCAGCCCCAUGUUAUCAUUCGAAUUUAUUUAUUAACUUUAUGAAGCAAACGUUAGCAUAGCAUGGCUGCCAUAUUGGAUUUUCAGGCCAGAUUGUGUGAGAAACGGCUGACCUUUCAUCAUUUUUUCUAAUAUCAAAGUUGGAGAUUGUGACUUAGGCAAUUUCAGUCAAAGGAUUAAUUGAAGUAAUGGGCUUUUUUGAAACCUGCCAUGUCUUUGGAGGUUUGCUACCCAUUUGUUUCCUAGCAACUUAAAGCCAGCACAGACAGCUGUAUUUUUUUUAUUUAUUUGUUUUGCUUUCCCACGGUUAUUUUCCGCUAAGCUAGGGGUAACUUCAUGUAGACACGAGCAUGCUAACAAUGCUGUUGUUUCACGCUUGCCUUGAAAACGAAAGGGCAUUAUUACCAGAAAUGUGGAUGUAUGGAUUCUGAUUAUUCACUCGGCACCAACAGCCCGAAUCCAUCCUGGGAGGUUCUUUAGCAGCGGUAACAUUUUCUGCCCUAUCGGCUAAAAUAUUCUGAGCCCAGAAAGGGGAUCGCUCCGCUGGAUGCGACUGCCAUUGUGAUGCACCGAGUCACAAUAGCCUUCAGUGAGGAUUUUCUUUAAACAUUCCGAAACUUGAAGGAAAGUGGAAACAUUUGAGGAAGGGACGCGGUUCAAGUGCUUUUUGAGGCACAUUCAACACUUUGUCCCCCCUCUGCACAGCCGCGGUAUGUUACAGAUUCAUACUGCUAUGCUUAAGUUUUCAUUAAAACUGAUGAUUUGUGCCUCUUGCACUGUCGACCCCCCAGAUCCCCCCAUGUGAAUAACGAGCAGUGAACGCCUGCGGUCGUAUUGACUGCAGAGGACCUAACUGUUUUCUUGACAUCCGAUUAGAUCAUACAUGUCUGCUUGUGAUCAGAUUCCCUUCUCACACACACACCGUGUCUUCUCUGAAUACUAAUAUUAUGUCACAUUAAGAUUGCUGAUUUUCAGUUGCCAUCUAAUAUAACUUAUGUAUUACUUGAUCUCCUUUGGUAUUCAACUGCUGUCAGAUGUACAUACUGUAUGUGGACAAUAUCAAAUAAAAAGACUUUCCUGUA